AGUUUGACUUUUCCACUUGAAUAUUAGAAUUAAAAUAUAAAUAGUUUUUUUUCAGAUAUUAGUUUCCAUUUCAUCUUCCUCUCUUUCUCAGAAGCAACAAAGAAACUUCUCUGAUCACAACCACCUCAAGAUCUGCCCUUCAGGGAUUCCCAGAUCUUCUUCCUCCGAUCCCUCCGGCGCAAACUAACCUUCCGAUCAUCUCUUUCUCCUCCUCCUCGUGCUGAGCUUCUCUCAAUCUUGGCAUCUCUUCGACGCCUCGAUUUACCCUCACCUCUACAAGCUCUUCUUCAAACUCGUACUCAUGGCGAUUCGAAUCACCUUCACCUACUCCUCCUAUGUCGCUCGCAACCUCUCCUCCUCCUCCGCCGGAGCCAUCCGUCUCGGCUCCGGCGGGUUCCCCCGCCCCAGAUUCUUCGACAAGACCCGACCCGGGUCGAUGUGCACCAGCAUCGCCAGGGAAGGGAGGCAGAGCCCGCUCGUGAUGGGCCUUAUCUCGGUUCUCAAGUCAACGUCCUCGGGUCCUGAGUCAACGCUCCUCUUGAAGUCUUCCUCUCUGAUUCCGUUUAAAUGGAUGAAUCGGAUGGAGAUUGAUGACGUGGACAGGGGAGGAACGGCGUUUGAUGAGGAUGAUGAUGGGAAGGAGGAGUCUAGUGGUGGAAGAAGCGGAUGGGUUAAUAGGCUUUUGAGUAUGUGCUCGGAGGAUGCUAAGGCUGCUUUCACGGCGGUUACGGUGUCUCUCCUUUUCAGGUCUGCUCUUGCUGAGCCCAAGUCUAUACCUUCCGCGUCUAUGUACCCUACUCUUGACGUCGGUGACCGUGUUAUGGCCGAGAAGGUCUCGUACAUUUUCAGGAAGCCGGAGGUUUCGGAUAUAGUUAUCUUCAAGACUCCUCCGAUCUUGGUGGAAGAUGGUUGCAAUCCCAAUGAUGUUUACAUUAAGAGGAUAGUGGCAAGUGAAGGUGACUGGGUUGAAGUUCGUGGUGGGAAGCUCCUUGUGAAUGACAAUGUCCAGGAAGAAGAUUUUGUCCUGGAGCCAAUGUCCUAUGAAAUGGAAACAAUGUUUGUCCCCAAAGGCUAUGUCUUUGUCCUAGGAGACAACCGCAACAAAAGCUUUGAUUCUCAUAACUGGGGUCCACUCCCGAUAGAGAACAUUGUUGGAAGAUCUGUGUUCAGGUACUGGCCACCGAGCAAAGUAUCAGACACCAUAUACCACGACCAGGCUGUGGCAAAGGGAUCUGUUGCUGUUUCAUGACAAAAUAAAAGCUGGAUGAUGUCUUAAGAUUAAGCACAUGAUUGUGCAAACCAGUCUGGUCAGGAAUUGAAAACUCAAAAACAUUAUGAUACCUACGGCUACAUAAUGUUCGGUAUGGAUCGUAUCAUCUGGUUCCCGCCUUGGAAGCUAGAGGAUUUGUGUAGAAAAAGGAAUGGGAGAUGCAAACUGUAGAAUGAAUUUUUCCUAAUAAUUGUUGUGUGUUUUAAAGUUGAGGCAAUUUAUUGUCACAAGCAAGGUUUUGUUGUUGUAUGUAUAACAAUCCUGUAGACCUGUGUUGUUGUCAAAAGUAAGGUUUUGUUGUUGUUGUUGUA